GGGAGCUGAAAAAAACCCGGAUAGGACAGUAAACAAGAAGCAUGAGAGAGUCUGAGAGACAGAUGACAGAGUGAGGUGUAUGUGGAUCCUGCUGUGGGCUGACACGGAGCUGGACAAACACCGCGACGCUGAUUCAGGGCGUUGAUGUUCACGCGACGAACUGUGAGACAUCAUCCAGCGCUUGCUGGGGUGAGUAAGAGAGACGAGUAAAAGCACAGUAAACCACACAGAGGACGGUGGAAAGUCUGCAAAAACUCUGAACAUCAUCCUCCACUACCCAGCCUUACCAGACUAUGGUGGACAUUUCAAAUCUCCCUUUUCUUGACCACCCAGGAGAGUCGACGGAGGAUUAAAUCACAUGAGGGAUCACAAACCAAACCUGCUGAGACCUCAUUCUCCAGUGCCUUCGAAGCCCUAGAGAAACUGUCCCAAGUAAUUUGCUCAUCUUGCUCAAAGGAAAAACUCUGUUAAAAGUCAGAAACAAUUAAUGUUUUCCUAGUGAGGGACUGAAAAGAAGAGACCCAGCCACUGUCCACAGGUCUCAGAGAAGCUUGCGGGGAAAGCCAACUUGGAGGAGAAGAUCGCUGCAGUGACGGAGGGGAUGGGUAACAAGAAUGCCAUCCCGCUGAAGGGUCCAGACACUGGGACUACACAGAAAGAGGAAGGGGAGUGCAUGGACAGUGCCACAGGAGGUGUCUCCAGAGAUGGAUCACCGGGCCCCAGCCCAGAGCUGCUGGCCUCCCUGCAGUCCCUCAGAGAAAACAGUGACUACACACUGCUGCCACACUCCCUACACCAGAUCGCAGAGGCGUACUCGCUCAAAGAGGACUACCAGUGGGCCAUCCAGUUUCUGCAGCUUGAGAAGCUCUACCAUGAGCGUCUGCUUUCCAACCUCGCUGCCCUGCAGGAGAACUGGGAGAGCCAGCUGAGGGAGAAGAAAAACGCUGAAAGCUGUUUGCCUGCGGAAACAGACAGCAUCAGUCAAAAACACAUUGAGACCCUGAGCCAGAUCUGCAGGACACACCCCAGACCAUCCAUCAGUGUGGAACAGAACACGCCGAAUACAACACUGAAAGACACUCAGAGCAAGAACGAGACACUACAACCCUGUCAUGAUAAAAUCAACAAGCCCGAAACAACACACCAGGACGAAGAACAAGAGCAACGCAUGAACUCAGAAUCAGAGCUGCCGUUACCACAGACAGGCCAUCAGGAGGGAGGUGAGGAGGAGGAGGGAGAAGAAGAAGAAGAAGAAGAAGAGACAUAUGAGGAAGGACAGGAAGUAGAAGAGGAGGAGGAGCCGUGUGAAGAGACGCCAGAGGAGGAGGAGGUGAAGGUGGAGUGGCCUACAGGGGUCCCCCAGGCUUCAGACAAGGAUCUUGCCAAGCUGUCCCACACAGAGGGGCUCUUUGUCUUUGCCGGGACACUCCCAUGAAUGAUCUUUGUGGUCCCUUGGUGAGAUCAUCGUCAACUUCUUUUUGUUCAAAAACCUCCAGCCAUGUUCACUGGUGUGGCCAUACACUCGGGAUGUCUAACGUGCCAAAUGUGCUAGAUUACUGAACCAAGAUAUCAUGUGCUGGCUCAAACACUGAGCUCAAGUGGCCUGGUUCUUCCUAGAGGUGGAGAUGAAAUCAGAGCUACUCCAAACAAGCAGUGCAGGCUGAAGGCCUCGCAUUGAUGGGGUCAGGACCAUUCUAUGUAAUCCAGUGGAGGCAUGACUGGGUGGGACAGCAAUAAAAAUAGUUGACUCACAUUUCUUGAGGGUUUUGGAGUGUUUGGGUUUUUUUAUCAAGCAAGUAUAAUUGUUUUCCACUUUCUAUUUUCUCUAGUCACUUUUUAAGAAACACAAUUUGAGGACUAGACAACUAAUUCAGAAAAUAAGUAAUAGUAAUGCCCAGUGCUUGAAUAAUUGAAUUGGCAGCACGAAAAAUAAGAAACACUUGAAUUUAAAGGGAUAACUUUUAAUUCUAAACAAUUUUGGGAUGAGUUUCUGGAUUAUAUUAGUACUGAUACACAGCAACUAAGGCAAUAGAGCUGGAACAAUAAAUUGGCUGGGCCAAUAUUUUGGCCAAUAUUGGCUUAAAGAGGUCAUAUUAUGCUUUUUGGCUUUUCCCUCUCCUUUAUUGAGUUGUAAAUCUUUUUUGUGUAUGUAAUAGGUUUGUAAAGUGAAAAAGCCCAAGUCCACCCCAAAGGGAGUUCCCAGCUCCUACAGAAGACACUGCUCUGAACUGCCUGAAAACAGCUCGUUUGUAGUCAAGCCUUUUUGUCCGCUUAAAUGUGACGUCACAUGGUAUCAUGUGUCAAUAGCUCAGCGGCUAGUCAGACACGCCCUCAAAAACACCGGUGGAAAAACACACUGAGCUGCAGCACACACCGUGUCAAGACGUCUACCCCCUGCCUUCCCUCAUCCCCACUCUCCCUACCAAACGUUAUACAGUCAAUGAACAUACAGCUGUUACUGUGAUGUAGAGACAGUGCACAGUUAAAACGUUACAUAUGAAAGAUCAGUGUGUUCCAGAUGAAUAAUUUACCACUCUAAAACUCUUGCUCCAGCUGCUAAGCUGGUCCGGCAACAUGUACAGCUGAAGUGAAGCAGUGUUUACUGGUUUGUUAGGACCCGCCCUACUCUGCUUCUGAUUGGCUAGUAGUCCUUAACUAGGUACUAUGCAUGUGCUCCCAACAAAGAUCUUUUAGAAGUGAGAUGUAUCACUCCAUAGCUACAACAGUGCGGUCAACACAUUGGGUGAAAAAAUAUGGUGUUUUUUGAAAAUGAAACCAUGUAAACCUGUUCUGGUACAACCCCUAAAUAAAAUUAUGAAUCUGAAAAUUAGCAUAAUAUGACCACUUUAAUGCAGCUAUACAUAUAAUUAUAAGUGUAUAUUUUGGCUGCUAAGUAGCAAGAUAUUGCAGCACAGAAUGCCAAAUGUAGUUUUUUUUAGAAAAAGUGACGCCAUUAUAAAGUUUGUCUCAUAAGUUUACUUUUUCACGGUAAAACUUUCCACUUAGUACAUAUGUUAGCCAACAUUCUUCAAAUUUAAGGUAUACUUUUGUCAAAAAAGGUAAAUAAAAAUAAUAAUAUCAGCUGAUUUUUCAACUCUCAAAUAUCUACAUAUCCAGUGUCCAGACUAUAGCAAUUAGUCCUGUAUAUUAUUAGUCCUGUAUCUUAAGAUCUCCCAGCCAGCUGCUGGCUUUCCUGACAAAAAUGAACCACUAGCACACAGGGUUGAGCUUACAGAAACAUGUAAAGCCACAGAACCUCUCUCUCAAAAACAAACCAUUUAGUCUGGUAGCUCACUGCUAAUUCAGUCCUCAGCCGGCCAAAACAGUGACCUGCUGAACAAAACUGAGAGCCAGCAAUAGUUUAUGUGGUAUAUAAUAUAUUCAGAAGAAGAGACUUUGUUGACAGUGUGAAAUGUGAAAAGGCCAUACUGUGUCAUUUCAAACACUAUGGAAUUAAGUCUUGGAACAUACUAAAGCAUUAAAAAAUAUGUUAUUAUGCUUUUUGGCAAAAUUUGGCAUAAUACUUUUUGAAUUUUUGUUCAGAUCUGUUUGCUGCUGUUCAUUGCUGUCUGGCACGACACCAGCUGGCUGGGAGAUUGUCAGUUACAGUACUGAUAGUCUCUGCUAAUGUUCAUUUAUUCAUACAAAUGCCACUAACGCAUACCUCCUUGUGUCAAAAUUAUCACUUUUCAAUCUUUAUCAAUUUUUUCUUGUGUAUUUGCCAGAUUCCAGUAAUUUUUGCAUGAUGUUAGAUGGCGUUUUAGUCAUGCCUGACUUUUUCACUAACCAUCAGGUAACACAUUUCAUUGAUUAUUCUUUCAGUUUGACUCAAUCUGUGAUUUUCUUACACUUUCAAGAGAUUUCCCAAAUUUGAACUAGAACAGUACUAAAUCAAAACAGUGUUUUCAAUUAUCCAACG